GUAAGUGUAAAAGUGAAUUUUUUAUUUCGGGAAAUACGAAGUUUUGUAUUAAAACAAAGAAAAUAUUGUUUUUAAAGGCACGCGCCAUACACAUUCGUAAAUUAGAAAAUUGGUGCACGUUUUCGGAAAAGCCGCUCUCUUGAACAUUUACCAAAAAUAUAUAUUGAUAUUUGUUAUAUAAAUGGAUUAGUAUAAAUGAGUUAUUUCCCAAAUUAAGAUAAUAUACAAAGCUCAUCUAUAGCCGCUGAGCGACAUUAAGCAUGCCGUCAAAUUUGAGCUCCACGGCGGUACAUUUUUUGGAACAAUAAACAAAAACAGCUGAUCACGAAGUUGUUUAGACAAUCAAAAUUUUUAAAAGUAAUUUUUAAUUGUUAACAAACAAAAUAUGUCCCUAGGCUACACAUUUUUAGGCUGUCCACUUUUAGUAAACAUCGACAAUAAAGAAAUACUUUAUGAAAUUCUUAACUACUCGGUUGAUGUGCUGCUUGGCAAUAGCGAUGAACAUCAAAUGGAAAAACAUUGCCACAAAUAUGGAUUUCAGAAUGUUUACGAUUUUAUGUUGAUGACACGAAAAAUUGCACGCGCUUAUAAAUCUCAUUACCAGAAUGAGAAUUCCAGCGAAGCAGAAUUGCUUUAUGAAUUUAGCAAUUUAAGUCCAGAAUUUCAACGUUUGGUACCAACUGUGUAUGAAGCGCGGAAAUCGGAAAUUGAAAAAUAUAUGCUGCAACUACAUAAUGCUCAAGAAAAUCUUCUAGUACUGUCUUUCGACUACGAUGCUCGUGUAGUGAUUGGCGAUAGCAGUUUCGCUCAAAACUUUCGCGAACUAAUAAGAAUAUAUUUUAAUUGUUGCGAUGGAAAUGGAAAAUUAAGUAUGCUACAUUUCGAAAUGGAUUUAAAUAAACUGAACGAAUUUAUUACUGCUUUAGAAGUAGCAGUAGAUAAAGGCGAUGAAAAUCAUGCUUAAGCCCAACGAAAUGUAUUAGUAAACGUGUGGAAAUUCUUUUCUAUUCUGCUUAUAACCAGUGUACGAUUUUAAACAACCUUUAUAUGUUUUGUGUCAUAACAUUUACCUUGAGUUUAUUUUAUUCACUUCGAACUCAGUAAAAUUCGAUUAAAAUGUACAUUGCAACAUAUCUGUGUGAUAUAAAUACAAUCGAUUUAUACGACUA